AUGGCCAGGAGUCGGCCUGCGUCCCGUUGGACGCUAUUGCUCUCCUUGGUUGUCCUUAUCGCAUGCAUUGUGAUUCCUGGAUUGGCUGUCAAACAUGAGAAUUUCAAAACAUGCGAUCAAUCUGGAUUCUGCAAACGAAACCGAGCCCUCGCAGAUGAUGCCUCCACCAAAGGCGCGGCGUGGAACUCCCCCUACGAGCUUGACCCCGCCACUAUCCACUUCAAGGACGGUCAAUUGACUGGUGUCCUGAUCAAAACUACAGCUACCAAAGAGAAAAUCCGUCUACCCCUCACAGUAUCCUUCUUGGAGUCGGGUGCUGCCCGUGUGGUAGUCGACGAGGAGAAGCGCAUGAAGGGCGACAUUGAGAUCCGACAUGGCAGCAAGGUAAACAAGAAGCGAUACGAUGAAACCGAAAAAUGGGUCAUUGUUGGUGGCUUGGACUUGAGCAAGUUGAGUACUCUAGACGCUCAAACCGAGACUGGUUUCACCAAGGUUCUGUAUGGGCCCGAGGAUAAAUAUGAGGCAAUUAUCCGCCACGCUCCCUUUGAGGUCGAGUUCCAGAGAGAUGGCCAAACCCAUGUGCAAUUGAACAACCAAGGCUUCUUAAAUAUGGAACACUGGCGACCCAAGGUCGAGGGCAAGGAGGGAGAGUCUGAAGAAGAUGAGAGCACCUGGUGGGAAGAGUCUUUUGGUGGAAACACCGACUCCAAACCUCGUGGCCCCGAAAGCGUUGGACUGGAUAUCACCUUCCCAGGCUAUAAUCACGUUUUCGGCAUUCCCGAGCAUGCAGACUCUAUGUCACUCAAGGAGACUCGAGGUGGUCCUGGCAACCAUGAAAACCCCUAUCGGAUGUAUAACUCCGACGUCUUCGAGUAUGAGCUCGAUAGCCCUAUGACAUUAUAUGGAUCCAUUCCGUUUAUGCAAGCUCACCGCAAAGGCUCUACCGUCGGCGUCUUCUGGCUCAAUGCUGCCGAAACCUGGGUUGAUAUUGUUAAGAAGAGCGGAUCUUCUAACCCUCUCUCAAUGAGCGCCAAGUCGAAGACUGAUACCCAAACUCACUGGUUCUCGGAAGCUGGUCGACUUGAUCUCUUCAUCUUCCUUGGUCCUACUCCCCAGGAUCUUAGCAAGACCUAUGGUCAGCUUACCGGUUACACCCAAUUGCCUCAGCACUUCGCCAUCGCGUAUCACCAGUGCCGCUGGAACUAUGUCACCGACGAGGAUGUGAAGGAGGUGGAUGCUAAGUUUGACAAGUACCAGAUUCCCUAUGAUGUGAUAUGGCUUGAUCUGGAAUACACAGACGAUCGAAAGUACUUCACUUGGGAUCCGCUUACCUUCCCCAACCCGAAGGGAAUGCAGGAGAAGCUUGACGAGUCUGAGCGUAAACUUGUCGUUCUUAUUGAUCCUCAUAUCAAAAACAAGGACAACUACUUUGUUUCUCAGGAGCUGAAUAAGAAUGGUCUUGCAGUUCAGAAUAAGGAUGGUGAUGUAUAUGACGGAUGGUGCUGGCCUGGGUCAUCUCACUGGGUCGACUGCUUUAACCCGGCUGCUUUUUCAUGGUGGAACAGUCUCCAUAAAUACGACAAGUUCAAGGGCUCGAUGUCCAACCUGUUCGUCUGGAACGACAUGAAUGAACCCUCUGUUUUCAACGGCCCGGAAACCACCAUGCCCAAGGACAACAUCCACCACGGCAACUGGGAACACCGGGAUGUUCACAAUGUGAAUGGCAUCACCUUGGUCAAUGCUACCUACCAAGCUCUGCUUGAACGCAAGAAGGGCGAGGUGCGCCGACCUUUCAUCCUGACCCGUUCCUACUAUGCAGGAGCACAGCGCAUGUCUGCUAUGUGGACUGGAGAUAACCAAGCCACUUGGGGUCACUUGGCUGCUUCGCUGCCUAUGGUUUUGAACAACGGCAUUGCUGGCUUCCCCUUUGCUGGCGCCGAUGUUGGUGGUUUCUUCCACAACCCUGACAAAGAACUUUUGGCCCGCUGGUACCAAGCCGGUAUUUGGUAUCCUUUCUUCCGCGCUCACGCCCACAUCGAUACUCGCCGUCGCGAGCCGUAUCUGAUCAGUGAACCCCAGCGCACCAUCAUUUCCCAGGCUAUCCGCCUGAGAUAUCAGCUUCUUCCUGCGUGGUACACCGCUUUCCACGAGGCCUCAGUCAAUGGUACACCGAUUGUGCGGCCCCAGUACUAUGUCUUCCCUGAUGAUGAGGCUGGCUUCGCUAUUGACGAUCAAUUAUACCUCGGCAACACUGGUCUUCUUGCCAAGCCUGUGGUCUCGGAAAAUACCUUCACCACGGACAUCUAUAUCGCGGACGAUGAGAAAUACUACGACUACUUUGAUUUCACCGUCUAUCAUGGUGCUGGCAAGCGACACACCGUCCCUGCUCCCGAAGACAAGAUUCCCCUUCUGAUGCAGGGUGGCCACAUCCUUCCUCGUCGGGAUCGUCCUCGCCGCAGCAGUGCUCUCAUGCGAUGGGAUCCCUUCACCUUAGUCGUGACCCUCGAUAAGAAUGGCGAAGCCGAAGGCUCUCUCUACAUUGACGACGGCGAGACCUUUGACUAUGAGCGCGGGGGGUACAUUCACCGCCGCUUCCAGUACCGUGAUUCGGUGCUGUCGUCUGAGAAUAUCGGCACGAAGGGGCCCAAGACCGCCGACUACUUUAAGACCAUGGCUGGCGUUACUGUAGAGCGCCUGAUCAUCGUCGAUCCUCCGGCCUCGUGGAAAGGUAAGCGCACCGUGACCGUCAUUGAGGAUGGGGCUAAGACUGGUUCCACUGCCUCGUUGGAGUACUACGAGCAGAAGGGUGGCAAGGCACCCUACGCCGUUGUCAAAAGCCCGAGCGUUGGAAUUGGCAAGACAUGGCGCAUAGAGUUUUGA